AUGAGCCUUCGCCUCGUAGCACACUAUUUCUUCCCAGAUUUCACAUGGAAGAAUAGUAUUCGACUAACCUCGAAUGAACGAAUGCCCCCAACGCCCCGAUUAGCUCACCCUUAUCUACGUCGAUUCUGGGGCAUUGUACAUGACUACCUACAACAAAUCGCUCAGCUUCUCUUUGGGCUGAUUUUAAAAUGGUCCGAUGGCACUCGACUAGAAGAAGUCCUAGCUAUGGAGGUCGCCAGAGAAGCCGGUUUGCCAGUUCCACGAGUUAUCUGCUACGGGGAGCAUCCUGAUACACCGCAUGCACCAGUCUCAAUUUUGAUCACUCGCAUACCCGGCGAAGAAUUAGGCCAGGUGGAUGAGACACUCAGCGAGGACAAGUUCUCAGUUCUGCAGGAGCUGAACGACUACUUAGAGAUUAUGCGUGGAUGGCAAAAUCCAUGGGAUGGGAACAGAAUCUGCUCUUUAGUGGGUACUGCCAUUAGGAGCGCUCAAGUUCCUAGUCAUUUUGCUGGCCCAUUUGAGUCUGAAGAGGAGUUCAACGAAUAUCUUAUCCGGCCCUCAUGGUCGGGUAGCUUCCUUUCCGAGACGACACAUAAAGAAACAAUGGACUUAUUUGUUGAUAUCGUCACUCCCAACGGGCACAGCUACAAGCAGCCCACAGGUCUUUUCAUCAACAACGAGGUUGUAUCCGCCACAGGAGGUCAGACCAUCACUUCGCUGGAUCCUGCUACAGACAAACCAAUUGCCACAGUCCAAGCAGCCAGCACCGACGAUGUCGACCGAGCCGUGAAGGCUGCUAGAGCGGCGCUCAUCCACCCGUCGUGGAAGAAGCUGCCCGCUACAGAGCGGGGCCAGCUCAUGGCUCGGCUCGCCGAUCUCAUGGAGGAAAACAGAGCUCUGUUCGCUUCUAUCGAAGCAUGGGACAAUGGCAUGUUUUGA